AUGGAGCCACCAUCAACCACUGUAUCAACUCCUCAAACAACGACAACAACGCCAUAUACUUCUUCAUCAAUUAAACCAACAGCGAAAACACCAUCUACCAUUGUAUCAACUACUCAAGCAGCGAAAACAACGCCAUCUAUUUCUUCUUCAACGAAACCAACAAUGAAAACACCUUCUAUCACUGUAUCAACUACUCAAGCAACGAAAACAACGCCAUCUAUUUCUUCAUCAAAGAAACCAUCAACAAAAACACCAUCUGCCACUGUAUCAACUCCUCAAACAACGAAGACACAAUCUACUUCUUCAUCCCCUAAACCAACAAUGGAACCACCAUCAACCACUGUAUCAACUACUCAAGCAACGAAACCAACGCCAUCUAUUUCUUCAUCAACAAAACCAACAACGAAAACAACUUUUACCACUGUUUCAACUCCUCAAACAACAAAGACACAAUCUACUUCUUCAGCAACUAAACCAACAAUGGAACCACCAUCAACCACUGUAUCAACUACUCAAGCAACGAAAACAACGCCAUCUAUUUCUUCAUCAACGAAACCAACAACGAAAACACCAUCUGCCACUGUAUCAACUCCUCAAACAACGAAAACACAAUCUACUUUUUCAUCUACUAAACCAACAAUGGAACCACCAUCAACCACUGUAUCAACUACUAAAGCAACGAAAACAACGCCUUCUAUUUCUUCAUCAACAAAACCAACAACGAAAACACCAUCUGCUACUGUAUCAACUCCUCAAAGAACGAAAACACAAUCUACAUCUUCAUCAACUAAACCAACAACGGAACCACCAUCAACCACUGUAUCACCUACUCAAGCAACGAAAACAACACCAUCUAUUUCUUCAUCAACAAAACCAACAACGAAAACUCAAUCUACUUCUUCAUCAACUAAACCCACAACGGACCCACCAUAA